GUACUACCAAAGCUGCAGUCGAAGUCUGGGGAAGGACGCGGAGGCGGAAAAUAUAGAUAAAAGACUAAUAUGCACACAAGGUGCAGCAAUGCGCCGAGGGAUCUUCUUCUAGGUUCAAUCUUUGUGUGGGACUUUUUAGUUGAGAUUCAACCUAGUCGGUCUUUUAUUGUAUCACCACGAGUUUGGUUCAAGAUCACACAGGAACAGGCAUAGAGGCGACGCCAUGAUUUCGACAAUCCUACCUUUCCUCUCUUCGCAAGCUGCGGACCACCCUCUUCGCUCUUUGCUACUGCUUUUGGUCGGCAUACCCCUCACCUACGUCCUUGCCAACGAAUAUGUACGGUUCUCGCGCCGCAUCAAAGGCUUCACAGGGCCUACCAAUUGGCCUCUAGUUGGAAAUAUCCCAGACAUCAAGUACAACGCUGCAGAGAAAUAUCGGGAAUGGAGCAAGACAUUUGGUGCUGUGUACCAAAUACAACUCGGCAACGAGCCGGUCAUUGUUGUGAAUAGUGCGGAAGCGGCAAGGAAGAUUUUUGGAGCGAAUAGUCAGGCGUUGAGCUCGAGGCCGGUGUUCUGGACUUUUCACAAAGUACUCUCGAACACUGCCGGAACCACAAUCGGUACCUCACCGUUCAAUGACUCGCUCAAGCGCCGGCGAAAGGGUGCUGCAUCUGCGCUCAAUAAGCCCUCAAUCGCCACGUACAUUGACCACCUCGACCUGGAGACAAAAGAGUUCGUGAAGGACGGGUUCGAGUCUGGACGUGCUGGGACGGUGGGUGUCGAUCCCAUGCCCAUGAUCGAGCGUCUCUCCCUCUCGCUGGCAUUGACACUGAAUUGGGGAACGCGCAUGGGCAGCCGGCAAGAUCCCAUGUUUCACGAGAUCUGUGAGGUCGAAGCCGCCAUCUCCAAGUUUCGCAGCACGACUGGAAACUUGCAGGACUACAUUCCGGUCUUGAGGCUGAACCCAUUCAGCUUUGGGACCCAGUCGGCAAAGGAGUAUCGGAAUCGGAGGGAUGUCUAUCUGACAAGACUCAAUCGUGAUCUGGACGACAGGAUGGAGAAGGGUAUCCACAAGCCGUGCAUCCAAGCGAACAUCAUCCAGGAUAAAGAAGCCGCCUUGAACAAGGAAGAAUUGACGUCCAUCAGCUUAACGAUGCUUGCGGGAGGGUUGGACACCAUCACCACGCUUGUACAGUGGAGUGUCGCGCUGCUGGCUCAGAGACCCGAUAUCCAGAACAAAGCCAUCGAGGAGAUUCGGAAGUUUUACACGGACGAGGAGCCGCUGGGCGAUGCAUAUGACGACCAGAAGUGCCAGUAUAUUGUUGCUUUGGUGAGGGAAUGUUUGCGCUUCUACACCGUCCUUAGACUGGCGCUCCCCCGCGCGACAGUGAAAGACGUCAUGUAUGAGGGCAGGCUGAUUCCGGCUGGGAGCACGAUAUACCUCAAUGCCUGGGCGUGCAAUAUGGGUAA